UCAAAACGGACCGUUUGUGCAAAGUUCAACUGUUUUCCAAAUGUACCGUUUUUAUUCCCUCCGAAACGCAUCGAGUGAAAAGAAAUUGAUGUUUUGAUGUGUUUGCAGUGGAGUGAGUUGAGCUAAGACUAAGCAUGUUUUCAAAGAUUCAAUCAGCAUGCAAUUUGGGAAGAUUAGCAGAAGCGCUGAAACUCUUGUCCUCAAACCCAACUCCCUUAGACCCCUCUUUGUAUUUGAAAAUUUUGCAGCUUUGUAGACAAAAAGCUAAAAAGCAAGGUCAUUUGAUUCACACCCAUCUCAUAACAAAUGGGUUUGGCUCAGAUUUGCACUUAAACACCAAACUCAUAAUCUUUUAUGUGAAAGUGGGUGAUGUAAUUGCUGCUCGCAAUGUGUUUGAUGGAAUGCCUGAGAGGAGUGUUGUUUCUUGGACUGCUAUGGUAUCUGGGUAUUCCCAAAAUGGGCGUUUUGAAAAGGCUUUUGUGCUGUUUUCAGAUAUGCGGCAUUGUGGUGUUAAGGCGAACCAGUUUACAUAUGGGAGUGCUUUGAGGGCUUGCACUAGUAUGAGGUGUUUGGACAUGGGGAUACAGGUACAAGGGUGUAUUCAGAAGGGAAGGUUUGUUGAGAAUCUGUUUGUGAAGAGUGCAUUGGUUGAUUUUCAUUCCAAGUGUGGGAAGAUGGAGGAUGCAUCCUAUUUGUUUGGGACGAUGAUGGAAAGAGAUGUGGUUUCAUGGAAUGCAAUGAUUGGUGGGUAUGCUGUUCAGGGAUUUGCUGAUGAUUCAUUCUGUAUGUUCCGCUCGAUGCUUAGAGGAGGUCUGGUGCCUGAUUGCUACACCCUGGGUAGUGUUCUGAGAGCCUCAGCUGAAGGUGGUGGUCUCAUUAUAGCCAAUCAAAUACAUGGAAUCAUCACCCAAUUGGGGUAUGGAUCAUAUGAUAUUGUAACUGGAUUGUUGAUCAAUGCAUAUGCAAAAAAUGGAAGUUUGAGAAGUGCCAAAGAUUUACGCAAGGGUAUGCUUAAAAAGGAUCUAUUUUCUUCCACUGCAUUGAUCACUGGAUAUGCACAUGAGGGCAUCUAUAGUGUAGAUGCCUUGGACCUCUUCAAAGAAAUGAAUCAGAUGAACAUAGGAAUGGAUGAUGUUAUAUUAUGCUCCAUGCUUAAUAUAUGUGCCAAUUUAGCAUCAUUCGCUUUGGGUACACAGAUACACGCCUUUGCAUUAAAAUAUCAACCUAGUUAUGAUGUAGCCAUGGGCAAUGCUCUCAUUGAUAUGUAUGCUAAAUCUGGAGAGAUCGAAGAUGCUAAACGAGCUUUUGAUGAGAUGGAAGAGAAAAAUGUGAUUUCUUGGACAUCAUUAACUGGAUAUGCAAAACAUGGGUAUGGGCACAUGGCUGUUUCACUAUAUAAGAAGAUGGAAAGCAAAGGGUUUAAACCAAAUGAUGUUACAUUUUUGUCCCUUCUUUUUGCUUGCAGCCAUACUGGAUUAACUGAUGAAGGAUGUGAAUGCUUCAAUAAUAUGGUUAACAAAUACAAUAUCAAGCCCAGAGCUGAGCAUUAUUCUUGCAUGGUAGAUCUCUUUGCACGUCAAGGGCUGUUAGAAGAAGCCUAUAAUUUGUUAUGCAAGAUAGAUAUUAAGCAUAAUGCCUCUCUUUGGGGUGCAAUUCUAGGGGCAUCUAGCAUCUAUGGCUAUAUGUCUCUUGGCAAAGAAGCAGCCAGUAAUCUUUUUAAUAUGCAACCCGAGAAUUCUGUCAACUAUGUUGUUCUAGCAAGUAUAUAUUCUGCUGCUGGCCUGUGGGAUGAUGCUUGGAAGAUAAGAAAAUUGAUGGAAGAGAGAAGUACAAAAAAGAAUGCAGGCUAUAGUUUUUUCCAAGCAACAAAGAAGAGCAUACCGCUACUGCAGGCUAGUUGAAAUGCAGAAGUCUGCUGUCAUUUUAAUUCUUUGAGGAAUUAAUGAUAUUGAUAACAAAAUUGUGCAAAACACCUGAAUCAUUGUGAAUGCUGCCAUGGAAGUUGGAGAUGCCUUUACAAAUAUCAUAUGUGGCAAGGACUCCAUAAUAGUCCGUCAGUGCACUUCAAUACCUGCUUUACUUUCUCAUAUUCCAUCAAGUGUUUCAAAAGACUCAGUUCUGAGGCUGACCUGGAGGAGAGAUGCUCCAGAAGAAACCCAAUCAGAAGGAGACUGAUGCAAUGAUUGUUCAAGAGGCAAAGCAGAUGUGCAGCAGCAAUGUACAGCAUGGAGUUAGCAGAAGAGAUUUUAAUAUUCUGGACUUCGGUGCAAUCUUCUUGUCAAACAGAACUCCACAAGAAGAGUGUCUUUAGAAGGAACUCUCUGGCCUUCCCACUUUCCUAGAGCCAUCUCAGUAUAAAAUGUUAAGAAUGGAAUGUUUUUAUUUCUUCUUGAAUAUGUGAUGAAGGAUGAGAUAUUUUAGACAUAGAUGGUGCAGUUAAACCCCAAGAAUAUUGAUUCAUAAGAGAAGCAUCUCAUCCUGCAGAUUGUGUUCAGCACAACAGGUAUUGUCAUCCCUUCCUGAACAUAAUUUCCACAAGACUAUAGGAGAUCAACUCUUGAUCUCGAUAAUCAAAAUUUUGUUCCCAUUUUCAUGGCCAUCCUUGUUCCUUUACUAUGGAUCAGGUUCAUGGAAUCUGAUAUAUAGCACUCCCAUUUUUCAGCUGUCUUCUUUCAUUCAAGAUUGUGCUUAAAAUCAAGCUUUCCCAAGUUGAGAAAUCUACUCAAAGACAUCUGUGUGACUUGUUAAGUGAGAAAAGGCUCCAUCCAUCUACAUGGGAAUUCCUGGUAUUCCUUGGAAUCUGUAGUUGCUUUAAUCCAUCAACUACUUUUCUUAGAUACCACUAUGCUUCCCAGACACCUUUGUGCUGGAACCAUCUUUCCUGCCCCCUUCUGCUGUCUGGAAAUGGUCUGAUCACCGAUCGGUGCAGCUAAAUGGUAAUCUCACAGCGUCUGUAGUACUGGGUUGAGGAGUGUCUCCAAGUUAAACCACAUCCCAUCAUCGAAUGUGGCAUGAAAUCAUCAGUCAAAGACAAGAGCAGUAGCUCUUGGAUCCUUCACAAAUCCACUAGCUUUCCUCCAGAGGAUUUUCUGGUUUUUCCAGUUAAUUUUUAUGGAAAAUUAGUGUGCUUCUCAUGUCUUUUGAUUAAAUUUUCAUAUUUAGACCUGGGUUUUAAUGAUAUAGGAUGAAGUUGGAUCUGCCUUGGGCAUGAGGCAGGUUGAAAAGCCAAAAACAGUGGGGAGCCACACAGGGCAAAAGUUUUCCCAAAGAAAGGGAAGGAGUCUGCACUGAUUGCAGCGAAGGAUGGGAAUAAAAAAGGUGAUUCAAAUUCUCUACUGCAAAUUGACAUGGGCAAGUUUGAAUGGGUUAGGGUAGAGUUUAAAUUCGAACAAUACUAACUCGAAAAUAUUGGAUUG